AUGAGUACAAGACAAAGAAUAAUACCUUUGGUUAAUGGUGAUAGUCCAAGAACAAGGACAACAACCGAAUCGAAGACAACUACUACUACGACAUCACCAACAAAUGUAUCACAUCAACAACAUCAACAAAAUAAUAAUAGACAUAGAAGAAAUGAACAUGACCAAAGUACAAUUAAGAAGACAAUGAAAUAUUUGUCACCUUUAAUUGUUGGAUUAAUAUUAUACACAUUGUAUGGUAAUAUGUUCCAACCAAUGCCUGCUCCACCAAUGCACACAUCCCCUCAUAUUGGUCCUCAGAUAUGGUCGAGAAUACAAAAUCUUUGGCAAUCCUAUAUUGAUCGCUCAACAAUUGCACAAUAUCAAGAGCCAGAGAUCAACCUUUAUACACCAGAUUCCUAUUAUGAGAGUGCAGUAAAGAGUUCACCAAACGUACAUCAUCCCCAUUCAGUCGACGAUCAUUUUGCUAGAAUAUACGCCAGUGGACCAAAGGAGGUAGAUAUGGCUUACAAGACUCAUGGAAUCAAUCCAUGGGACACCGAGAAGCCAAAGAAAGACUCCAUCUAUGAUAAGAUCGAUCAGUACCGCGAUUGGAUCAUCUCAAAGUUGUAUGGAUACAGUCUCGACCAUAGCGAGGCACUCACAAAGGAGUUGCAAGAGAAACGUCAACGAUUUGAGAAUGAGAAGGCUGCGGCAAUGGCCGAUUGGAAUGUAAAGUUCGACGCCGACCAGGUGGACCAGAUGAACAGAAUGCGUUACAAGGCCAGAGAGUCUAACAGAGAGGCCAUCGACCUGGAGUACAGAAGACAGCAUAAC